AUGUUCGAGACUCUGGUCGAAUAUCGCAAGAAAUUGUCAUCUAGCCAUGCCGAAUUGCCAGCGCCCGUUGCUAUCCAGGUUGUUGGCACCUUCAUCACGGAGCGUCAAUCUUCGGUGUUGCGAUGCUGGGAUGGAACCGAGCUUCACAAUGAAAUGCUUCGUAUGGCGCGCCGCAUGGACCUGAGGCUCAGCCUGGUCAAGGACGAUGAGAUUUUAGAGGAAAAGGGCUGGGCCCCUGAGCAUGUACUCGAGGCGUCACGUGGACGGUGUGUUGAUGUGUUUCUCUACGAAUACGCCAAGGACCUCAAAUACAUACAGGCUGGAUCCUUCAUCGAGCUGCACAACGUCGACUACCGCUACACGCAGUCGACCGAUUCUGCCUAUCUGCGACUUCCAAUGACGCCGAGGUCUAGAGGAGGCACAUCAUCGAAGAUUCUCGAGAUAGAAUGUCCCGAAGCACACCCUGUCGCCUGCGAGAUGCAGGCUUUCGAGACGCAGCCUGAUGAGACGAUGGAAACUGCCGAUGGCGAUAACGCACCCGCCGACCAACCACCUCCUGUUCAGCCGCUCGAUGCGUCGGUUGCCGAGCCCUCUAUUAUGUUGGUCAAGCAGGAAAUCGCUUCCCCAAGUAGACGACUCCAGUCUCAGGAAAGCCGCUUGAACACGACACCGCUUUGGAGCGAUGCCGGGACACGCGGUCGUCCCCCGACUGAGCAAGGCCCCUCCUCUCCGGUUCCGCCGCCAGUCGUCCAAUCGUCGACCACCAAUUCUCCGAUUAGGAAGAGCAUUUUGGUGAAACCUGAGGAGUCGAGCACACCGCAGCCAGCCACGCAAAAUGCCAACUCACCUGCCAGGCGUGAUUCUACAUUUGCGGUGCCGGCCGUUCCCACCCGAUCGCCUCCGGCAAAACGGCGCAACCUUGGGCCCGGACCAUCCACGCAAGCUCAGUUGACCGAGUCGCAGGCCAGCGCCAGUUCGAUUCCCGAUUCCCUCGCCUCCCAAGGAGCAGCACUCGAAAAAGCGAAGCGCGCAAUGGUCAAUUUGUUCGACCAGAACGACCACGCCACCCCAGAGACCAGGUUGAUCAACCUGAUCAAGGAGCAGCGAGCACGCGAAUAUCUGCGUCGUCUGACCGACCUGACACAAGACCCAACGUGGGACCAAGAGGCCCUGGUCGCCAUCACGGCCAAAGUUGGCGACGUCGUUUGGUUCUACAAUUGGUUGCUGCCGGCCUCCGAUCUGCUCAGCGCUCCUGCUUUCGUCGAACGCGCGCGGGCGCGUAUGAUCUCAUGGGCUCUGCGCUGUACGGAAUGCUUUGAGCAGAUCCCGAUCGGUACACGGAAAGCGGUAAAAAGCGCCUUCUGCCCACAUUGUUUCGAAGCACAAGGCAAGCUCUUCCCUUGCGAGGCGCUCUACCGUAUCCUGGUGCCCGUUUGGUUCUAUGAUGACAACAGCCAGGAUCGUCUCAUCUACCUCCGCAUCGACAAUAUGGCUUUGAGCAUCUGCUCCAAAUUCUACCUACUUCCGGCAAAGUCCGUGGUCCGCGGCCAUCCACGCGACGAUCAUGGGGAAACGGUGUUGAUGGACGUGCUCGACUGUCGCGUUCGGGCCAAGCUCCAC